AGUUCUUUUCAUAUUUGGGAAUAAGCCCACUGGCGCGACGCCACUGCUUUUGUUCUGUUAAUGAUUGCAACUAUCGAGUAUUCUCACCUUAAAGCGUGAUAAGUUUUAUUUAUAACACAUAUUUAUUCAAAAUUUUUAAAGUAACAAUGGUAUACUUUUUCACAAGUGAUGUUGUACAACCACCGGUGACAUUAUUUAUGGGAGUUGAUAAGUUCGAAAAUGAGAAUCUUAUAAAGUGGGGUUGGCCAGAAGAUGUUUGGUUUCAUGUAGAUAAAUAUUCUUCAGCUCAUGUGUACCUUCGUCUUCAAUUUGGUCAAACAAUAGAUGACAUACCCAGUAUAGUUUUAAAUGAUGCAGCACAAUUAGUAAAAGCAAAUAGUAUUGAGGGUAAUAAGAUAAAUGAUGUUGAUGUUGUAUAUACAAUGUGGUCUAACUUAAAAAAAACUCAAGGCAUGGAAGUAGGACAAGUUGCUUUCCAUAAGGACAAAGAUGUUCGUAAAAUUCAUGUUUCCAAACGAAUAAAUACUGUUAUUAAUCGAUUGGUUAAAACAAAACGUUCGGAGCAAGUAAACUUUAGGGCAGAAAGAGAACAGCGAGACAAAAAUGAAAGAGAAGACAAAAAGAGGCUAAUGAGAGAACAAAAGGAAAGAGAGAAAGCAGAAGAAAAGAGAAAGAAGGAAGAGGCAGAAAUCAGGAGUUAUAAUUCUUUAUUUAAUACAUCUAAUAUGAUAUCUAAUACCGAAAACAGUGGGUAUGAUUCAGAUGACUUCAUGUGAUAAUAUUUUUACAUCAUUAAUGCUCUGUGCCUAACUUACUACAGUCCUGGACAAUAGAAAUGUAUGUUUUACACGAAAAACGCGAGUAAAUUAAAAAUUGAAUGUUGAUAUUGCUUGAAAAGAAAUUAUUAGACAUUUUAGCAGUGGAUAGUUUUAUUUAUGAACAGUAAGAUACUGCAUAAGUGUAAAUUAUUUAUGUACUAUUACUAUUGAUAGCUAUAUUAUUGUAGAAUGUAUUAAGGUUUUAUAAGACUUAUUUUACUGUUUAUAAAUGGUUAAAAAUUAAAUCUGUAACAUUAACCCUUUGGAUAGGUUUCACAUAUUAAGAAGUAACUUUAACUUUCACAAGGGAAAGUAAAGUUUCUUUGUUAAUGUGUGAAAUUCUGAUGCUAGAUUACUUAAAUAGGUACUGAUAGUUCAACUUUAAUGGUUCACCACUAGUUGGAAAGGAAUUGCGUUUAUUUAUUAUUUAAUAUAAGUUUUAUAACUUUAUUUGGUAUUUAUAGGAAAGUUGUAAAAUAACAAAUGCACUUGUCUCCUUUCAUAACAAUGUAACAUUAACCGCUUUUAAAGCAUUGAUUAUCCAUGCUGGAUAUUCUUGGUUAGGAUAUAAGUUUAACAUAAAUUGCUGUAUAAACUCUGGGAAUUUUUGAUUUUUGAUACUUUGUCUAAUAUCUUGCAUUAAUCUCAUUUGAAAUGCGAUGUUAUGGAUAGAUAAUAAAUGGCAUGCAGCUGUUUCUACUGUUACAAUAUGAUGAAGAUAGGCGCGCGUAUAUGUUUUACACGUACUGCAAUUACAUUCUUCGUCUAUGGGUCUUGUAUCUUUUUGGUAUUGUAUUUGUUUCAAAUUUAAUUGACCUGUACGUAUCAGCGCGCAACCAAAUCUCUGAAAUAGAUACAUAACAUUAAUAAGUGCCGAUGAUGAAUAAAAUUCUAUAUAAAUAGUUA